UUAAAACCUAUUUUCACCCUGCAACGUGACUAUAAUAAAAGGUAAUUUCGCUUUACCUACCAUUAUAAUCUUCUUUAACGACCCUUCCCCUCUCACCAACUACUCUUCAUGACAAAAUUUUGGCAAGCAAAAAUGCUGCGUCUACUGGCUUGUCUGCUCGGUCUCACUGAGGCCGGGUUUGCUACCGCCUCGCUGAACCGGACAUCAAUGAAACGAAACAACUAUAAAGAGUUUUGGGAAUACCAGGGUUAUUAUACUAAUGUCGGUCCGUAUCGUGUUGUCGAAGAUUUGCCCGCGGGUAUGCAUAACACACGAUACUCUGUGCCAAUCGAAGUCUCCAGACACGACUGCUUUGAUACAGUUCUCAAUUCUACAGAUCUUGCCAAAGCCUCAAGAAAUAUGGGCAGCUGGUGCGAGAAUUUCGAAGUUGCUUCGAAUAGCAUCUAUGCAUCUGUUGUUAAUGAUGCAGUCACCUACGUCUGUUCCGAAGGCAACGAGAAAUCAUGUAACAUCAUCGAAUGGAGAGAGGCCGAAGCUUACUUAGAUGAACAUUGCGGACCAGGUGUGGCGGGGAAAGUAUUUCUGAAGAAAUUUAAGAAGUAUUACGGAAGAGCAGAGCCUUACGGGCUCAUUUGCGAGAAGAUCAAUGCCCAUGAGAGCUGGGAGUAUCAAAUCAAACCUGAGGCUGUUUGGGUUGAUAGCCGGAUGUAUGAGGAGUGGAAGUACGGGUUCUGA